AUGGAUCCGGUACCAGGCCAACCAGACAUAGGAGCCAGUGAUCUGUUUGUUGCUCUUGCAAAAAAGGGCAUACCUGCACUUGGGACCGUGCAGCACAAUCGCCUGCGUGGGUGCUGUUUCAGUGCGGACUCAAAGAUGAAGAAGAAGCGAAGAGGGACAUUUGAAGAGCAAGAGGCUCUUGUGGACAAUGUCUGCAUAAGAGCAGUCAAAUGGUUUGACAAUAGAGGGGUGAUUGUUGCCAGCACAUUUGCCAGUAACAGCGGUUACUGCUCGGACAAGAAUGGCGACGCGGAGCUGGGUGGCGCCCAGGAUACCAUGAUGCCAUGUGGGCAGAGUUUGCCACUGCCCUUGGGGGGUCACCCAGGAGGGCUUUACCCGCAGAGCCUCCACUGUGACAGUCCUGCGCCUGAUCUUCUCCUGCAAGACAGCCCGCACCAGGACGCGAGAUCAUCCACUUUCCAGAGGACCCUAACUGAGGCCUCGCCCGGCCUAGGUCCGUCGUCUCUACCGUUUUCGAUCAAAGAAGAGGACGCAAUGGGCUACGGCGUGUCAGGCACGGUCCCGGGUGUCCAGACCGGGUAUCAAGCCGGACUACUUUUACGCAGGGACGACGUAGGUCACGUUGGCAACGACGGCGGAGAUAGCGUGUGCGCAGCGGCAUCACGGGAUGCGUCGCAAGCCUUUAAUAAUGAAGACGGCUCCUCCCCGUCGGCUUUGUCCCCGGCCAGCUCCCGUCAAUCGGCGCGUCCGCUGAGCACCGGUGGCCUGAAAAGACGUCGUCUUUCUCCGGUGUCCGCCUCGGCAGAUUCUCCGUCUGUGAGAACCGCCUCCGAGGAGAUCAACAUCACCGCAAUCAUCUGCGCGUCCUCGCAGAUGUCCAUGGUGGCUCGUGUCAACGGCAUUCGCGCCAACCUCUCGCCCGGUAGAUUCUCUUCGUCCUCUUCUUCCUCGGCCUCCCCUCCGACUGUUCCCUGCUCUCGGGAAGCCCCCCGCAAACCCUUGCAGCAUCAAAGCCCUCAGCGGAACUGUCAACUAUCAAACUCACCCGCCACCUGCCUGCUUUCCCUGUCCUCCUCUUGUUCCUCAUCAUCUUCCUCCGUGUCUUCGGUGGAGCCGGAGCAAGGCCGGGGGCCGUGCGAGGAGCAGGGCUCCAUGCAACUGGGGCGCGGACCCGGACGAGCCUCCCUGGGGAACGCAGGCUCGGACGGGUCGGGGUUAUUCAUGCUCAUGUCGGGGACUGAAACUGGGGCGAGUCAAAGAUCAGGGGUUGGAACCGGGGCUCUGCUGGACAUGAGCCAAAGAUCGGGGGCCGCUCUCAAGCAAGAACCCGCGGAUGACUUCCCCCCUAGUGACGAUGAACUCUUGCAGCACCGCUAUCACGGGCACCUUCGUCACCUUCAGCACCCCCGCGCUGCCAUGCCGCCGCCUUACCAUCUGCACCAAUAUGCGGGGGGCAGCCUUGUGAAUACCCAUCCGUCCGCACCGGGCGCCUCUCUGGGACUCAAAUCGUCGUCCGGCGGGCCACCCGAAAGCGAGGAAGUCGGGGCAACCCAGGUCGAUAAACAGUCGUGUCGCUGGAUCGACUGCUGCGCCGCGUACGAGCAACAGGAGGAGCUGGUGAGACACAUCGAGAAGGUCCACAUCGAUCAACGCAAAGGCGAGGACUUUACGUGCUUCUGGGCCGGCUGUAUUCGGCGGUACAAGCCUUUCAACGCUCGCUACAAGUUGCUCAUCCACAUGAGGGUUCACUCUGGGGAGAAACCCAACAAGUGUAUGUUCGAGGGCUGUAACAAAGCCUUUUCGCGUCUGGAGAACUUGAAGAUCCACCUGAGGAGCCACACAGGUGAGAAGCCGUACCUGUGCCAGCACCCCGGCUGCCAGAAAGCUUUCAGCAAUUCCAGUGACCGCGCCAAGCAUCAGCGCACUCACCUGGACACGAAACCAUACGCGUGUCAGAUCCCCGGCUGCACCAAGCGAUACACGGAUCCGAGCUCCCUCCGCAAGCACGUCAAGAUCCACUCGGCCAAAGAACAACAGGUGCGUAGAAAGCUGCGAGCGUGUCCUCACCUGGAGCAGGAUGUUCUGAGCGACUGUCUGUCCGUGCAGCAUCUCCAGAACUCGGGUCAUACUCAGCAUCUUUACAGCAACAAGGAAGGCUGCACAACGGGGCUCAGCCAGGACGUUUUUACAGGCUUGUACGCCGGCUCCGCUACCCCUCAUCACCACGGGGGCCCGGCUGAGCUUCUCUCGCCCGCCGCUGUCGCCGGUACCGCCGCUGACAUGCCCGCCCGACAGCACUGCCUGGAACCGGACCUCAACAGUCCGCGUCAUCUGUCGCCCAUGGCCACCAUGGAGAGCAACCGAGAUGGCGGGGUGUCGGCGCCGCUUCUCUCUCCGGGGAUGAAGGGAACCGUCACUCCGCCUCCUGCUCUUGCGCCCCCCGUGUUGGACAAGCAUCACGUUCAAGCUCAGCACAAGCAGUUCGUUCAUUAUCAACACCAGCACAAUAAUGAAUUUCAAGGUAGCUUCCAGAGCUGCUUCCACUUCGCAGACACGUACCGGAUGGAGCAAACGAUGAGCGGCGGAGGAGAUUCUCACGUCUACGCUUCGCACCAGCAGCACAACGGCUUCCACAUGGCCACCAGCAACGCUAUGGGUUCCGCAGGCUUCAACUUGAAUCAGGAGCUGCAAGGCGGCACCGGCUGUCAGUUCUCCACCGGACCAGAAGAUGGCGCCUUCUUCCAGGCGGCCGGCUUUGAGCGCGGCCUCAGCCACGUGUCGUCCGUGUACACCGAAUCGUAA